CCGCCUCCUUCCUCCGUAGAGUCACGUGACACCAGCGGCAAGAAGCUGCAAACGGCUGCGCGAGCCUCCUCCUCCUCCUCAUCAUCAUCACUACCACCACCAUCACAACCACCGCAACAGCAGCGUAGAGAGCCGAGAGAGCAACCGGGAUCUUUACCGAUUCGAGGAGCCGGGCGCCAUGGCGGGCCCCCGUUAAAAAAAACGAGACCCAGAUUUAUUCUCUUUGUUCUCCCUCGACGCAUCGUAGUCUUUCCGCGCCUCCGCCGAGGAGGGGCCGCCAAGGAGAAGCUCUCCCUUUUCCGAGCGAAGGAAGAGGCAGGAGUAACGUUAAGCAACAGCAGCAGCAACGGCGGCGGCAGUUGAACCGGGGAGGUGUUUUUUUUUACGGAACAAGCCGAAUGGCGGACCGUGACGCGUCGCCGAUACCGUUGGAGAUCCGAGCCCGGCUAGCGGAGCUGGAGCUGGAGCUGUCAGAGGGGGACAUCACUCAGAAGGGUUAUGAGAAGAAGAGGUCCAAACUGAUCAGGGCAUAUUUUCCACAUGCUGGAGGUAUGGAGGGGCCUAUGUCCCAUCGGGCCCCACUCGGCCCUCCCUCUGCUGCCCGUUUCCACCGGCGGCGAACCUCCGGCACCAGAGACGAGCGCUACCGAUCAGACGUCCACACCGAGGCGGUGCAGGCCGUGCUGGCGCGCCACGUGGAGAGGAAGGUGGCGGUGCCGAUGCCGUCCAAAAGACGUUCUCUGGUGGUGCAGACCUCCAUGGACGCGUACACGCCUCCAGGCCUGUCGCCCCUGUGCUCAGACUCGUCGUCGGGCUCCGAGGAGGAGGGGGGCGGGCCAGGGGACGACAUGUCAGCCAUGGAGCACUGGAUGAGCCGCCCGUCCCACUUAGGCCCCGCCCACCUGGGCUCCACCUCCUCCUCGUCCUCGUCCACGCAGAGCGGCGGCAGCGGCAACGCCGGGCGGCUGGCCGACUCGCUGGCGCACACGCACAUCUCGCACCUGGCGCACACACACCUGGGACACACACACCUGGGCCAGCUGCACCACCAGCAGAGCCACCUGUCGCAGUCGCACCACGGUAUCGGCCACCUGUCUCUGAAGAGGAAGGGAGCUCUGAGUGUAGCAGAGAACGGCGGAUCUCUGCGACGGUCCUGUGAGUUUGGAUCUGACAUGCUGUGGCCACCGCCGCUGGAGUCAGACGAGAAUCACUCGGCCCCCCCGGAUGUGACGGGCUACUCGUCGGACUCGCCCCACUCCCACACCGAGCGUCACCACAUGGCCAAUAUGGGAACCAUUGCCAGGAACACACAGAAGUAUGGCAACGCAGAGCGCAUGGAGACGGGCGAUGGUGUUCCAGUCAGCAGUCGCGUGUCAGCUAAAAUCCAGCAGCUCGUGAACACACUGAAGCAGCCUCGCAGACCUCCGCUACGGGAGUUCUUUGUCGAUGACUUUGAUGAACUUCUGGAGGUCCAGCAGCAGGACCCUAAUCAGCCGCGGCCGGAGGGGGCGGAGAUGAUGCCGGUGCGGGGCGAGGCGCUGGGCGUGGUCACCAACUGGCCGCCAUCCCUGGAGGCUGCUCUCCAACGCUGGGGCACCAUCUCUCCUAAAGCCCCCUGCCUCACCAGCCUGGACACCGCGGGGAAGCCCCUCUACGUCCUCACAUAUGGGAAGCUGUGGUCUCGCAGCAUCAAGCUUGCCUACAACAUCCUCCACAAACUGGGCAGCAAGCAGGAGCCCAUGGUGCGACCGGGGGAUCGGGUGGCGCUGGUGUUUCCUAACAACGACCCUGUGGCCUUCAUGGUGGCCUUCUACGGCUGUCUGCUGGCUGAGGUGGUCCCCGUUCCCAUCGAGGUCCCCCUGAGCCGCAAGGAUGCCGGCAGUCAGCAGAUUGGAUUCCUGUUGGGCAGCUGUGGCGUUACCGUGGCGCUGACCAGUGACGCCUGCCACAAGGGACUGCCCAAGAGCGCAACAGGAGAGAUCCCACAGUUCAAAGGUUGGCCCAAGUUGCUGUGGUUUGUAACAGAGUCCAAGCACCUCUCCAAACCUCCCCGAGACUGGUUCCCUCACAUCAAAGAUGCAAACAACGACACUGCUUACAUAGAGUAUAAAACCUGUAAGGACGGCAGCGUGCUGGGAGUCACGGUGACCAGGAUCGCUCUGCUUACACACUGCCAGGCUCUCACCCAGUCCUGCAGCUACACCGAGGCGGAGACCAUAGUGAACGUUCUGGACUUUAAGAAGGACGUGGGCCUGUGGAACGGCAUCCUCACGAGUGUGAUGAACAUGAUGCACGUGAUCAGCGUGCCCUACUCGCUGAUGAAGGUCAACCCUCUGUCAUGGAUCCAGAAAGUCUGCCAGUACAAAGCCAAGGUAGCGUGUGUGAAGUCCAGAGACAUGCACUGGGCUCUGGUGGCCCACAAAGACCAGAAAGACAUCAACCUGAGCUCGCUGCGCAUGCUGCUGGUGGCCGACGGAUCAAACCCCUGGUCCAUCUCCUCCUGCGACGCCUUCCUCAACGUCUUUCAGACUAAAGGGCUGAGAGCUGACGUCAUCUGUCCCUGCGCCAGCUCGCCCGAGGCCCUAACGGUGGCCAUCAGGAGGUCGGUGGAGGACAGCAGCCAGCCUCCGGGGCGGGGCGUCCUGUCCAUGCAGGGUCUGACCUACUCGGUCGUCAGGGUGGACACAGAGGAACGCCUCUCGGUGCUCACCGUACAGGACGUGGGCACUGUGACACCAGGAGGCCUGGUGUGUGUGGUGAAACCUGAAGGCAUCCCUCAGCUCUGUCAGACAGACGAGAUCGGUGAGUUCUGCGUCUGCUCCAUCGCCACCGGCACCUCCUACUACGGCCUCACCGGCAUGACCAAGAACACCUUUGAGGUUUACCCGGUGAGCUCCAGCGGGGGUUUGGUCAGCGAGUACGCCUUUGUGCGGACCGGCCUGCUGGGCUUCAUCGGCCCCGGCGGCCUCGUCUUCAUCACCGGCAAAAUGGACGGGCUGAUCAUGGUGAGCGGGCGGAGGCACAACGCCGACGACAUCGUUGCCACGGCGCUGGCGGUGGAGCCGAUGAAGUUCGUCUACAGGGGCAGGAUAGCGGUGUUCUCCGUGACCGUGCUGAGGGACGAGAGGAUCGUGGUGGUGGCCGAGCAGAGACCCGACUCCACCGAGGAGGACAGCUUCCAGUGGAUGAGCCGCGUGCUGCAGGCUAUUGACAGUAUCCACGGGGUGGGCGUGUUCUGCCUGGCUCUGGUACCGGCCAACACUCUGCCUAAGACUCCUCUGGGCGGCAUCCACCUGUCAGAGAUCAAGCAGCUGUACCUGGAGGGGGGGCUGCACCCCUGCAAUGUCCUCAUGUGCCCCCACACCUGCGUCACCAACCUGCCCAAACCACGGCAGAAACAGCCAGAGAUUGGACCUGCCUCUGUGAUGGUGGGGAAUCUGGUGUCAGGGAAGAGGAUCGCUCAGGCCAGCGGCAGAGAUUUGGGACAGACUGACGAUAACGACCAGUUCCUGUUCCUGUCGGAGGUUUUGCAGUGGAGAGCUCAGACCACACCAGACCACAUCCUCUACACCCUGCUCAGCUCCCGGGGGGCGGUGUCCAGCUCCCUCACCUGUCUGCAGCUCCAUAAGAGGGCGGAGCGCGUGGCUGCUCUGCUGAUGGAGAGAGCCGGCCUCCAGGAAGGAGACCACGUCGCUCUGGUCUACCCUCCAGGUAUUGACCUGAUCGCAGCCUUCUACGGCUCCCUGUACGCCGGCUGUGUUCCCAUCACGGUGCGACCGCCCCACCCUCAGAACAUCGCCACCACCCUGCCCACCGUCAAGAUGAUUGUGGAGGUCAGCCACUCGGCCUGCGUGAUGACCACGGCGGUCAUCUGUAAGCUGCUGCGCUCCAAAGAGGCCACGGCCACCGUGGACAUCAGGAACUGGCCGCCAGUCCUCGACACCGAUGACCUGCCAAAGAAGAAGCCCCCAGCUCUCUAUAAGCCCACCAACCCCGACGGCCUGGCCUAUCUGGACUUCAGCGUGUCGACGACCGGCAUGCUGGCCGGAGUUCAGAUGUCCCAUAAUGCCGUUGGAGCCUUCUGUCGGUCGGUGAAGCUGCAGUGUGAGCUGUACCCGUCCAGAGAAGUGGCCAUCUGUCUGGAUCCCUACUGCGGCCUCGGCUUCGUCCUCUGGUGUCUCUGCAGUGUGUAUUCAGGCCACCAGUCCAUCCUGAUCCCCCCGGUGGAGCUGGAGUCCAACCCGGCGCUGUGGCUGCUGGCCGUCAGCCAGCUGAGGGUGCGAGACACCUUCUGCUCCUACAGCGUCAUGGAGCUGUGCACCAAAGGACUCGGCCUGCAGACCGAGGCGCUCAAGGCUCGGGGGCUGGAUCUGUCCCGGGUUCGGGCCUGCGUCGUGGUGGCGGAGGAGAGGCCCAGGAUGUCGCUCACACACUCCUUCUCCAAGCUCUUCAAAGACCUUGGCCUUCACCCACGGUCUGUCAGCACGGCCUUCGGCUGCCGAGUCAACCUGGCCAUCUGCCUGCAGGGCACUUCAGGACCGGACCCUACCACUGUGUACGUGGACAUGAGAGCGCUGCGUCAUGACAGGGUUCGCUUGGUGGAAAGAGGCUCUCCUCACAGUCUGCCAUUAAUGGAAUCUGGCAAGAUCCUCCCCGGAGUUCGCAUCAUCAUCGCCAACCCAGAGACCAAAGGGCCGCUGGGAGACUCCCACCUCGGAGAGAUCUGGGUGCACAGCGCUCAUAACGGCAGCGGCUACUACAGCGGUUACGGCGAGGAGGUCCUGCAGUCGGAUCACUUCAACUCCAGACUCAGUUUCGGAGACACUCAGACGGUCUGGGCCAGGACGGGCUACCUGGGCUUCCUCCGCCGCACCGAGCUCACCGACGCCAACGGAGAGAGACACGAUGCUCUGUUUGUGGUGGGAGCUCUGGAGGAGGCCAUGGAGCUGAGGGGAAUGAGGUACCAUCCCAUCGACAUCGAGACCUCCGUCAUCCGCGCGCACAAGAGCAUCAUGGAGUGUGCGGUCUUCCCCUGGACCAACCUGCUGGUGGUGGUGGUGGAGCUGGAGGGCUCCGAGCAGGAGGCCCUAGACCUGGUUCCCAUGGUGACCAAGGCGGUGCUGGAGGAGCACUACCUGAUUGUGGGCGUGGUCGUGGUGACGGACAUCGGCGUCAUCCCCAUCAACUCCCGCGGCGAGAAACAGCGCAUGCACCUCCGCGACGGCUUCUUACAAGACCAGCUGGAUCCCAUCUACGUGGCCUACAACAUGUAGCCUGAGUGUGUGCGCGCGUGUGUGUGUGUGUGUGUGUGUGUUCAGGAGUGAGCGAGCAUGCGUUUGUAUGCCGUGCAUAUUGCCGUUGUUCAUUUAUUUCUCAGAAUCAAGAUGUACUGUAUUUUUGAACCUGCAUAUGGUGUGGUGUCAAGUCGUCCGUUUUCUUUAAAGUCGUGUUGUGCCGGUUGGUUGAUUGAUUGGCUGAUUGAUUGAUUGAUUGUCCAGUGGGAGUAUGCGCUUCUUCUUUUUUUACACCCCCGUUCAAUCUCGUGACCUUUACCGGGAGCUCGUCACUGUAGAAAGCCUUAGGGGAACACUGUGUACGGAGCGUCAGCUCCGAGCGUUUUUCAGAGGUUUAAGAAGUAGAGAGAGAGAGAAACUAGAGACUGUGUCUGUCAUGUUUUACUGGUCGAUUCAAAACACAGUAAAUCCCAGAUUUGUGGUAUUAUUUCAAUUAGAAACAGGGGCAGCCAGAUAAUUGUAAAAAUAUAAAUAUUGUACAUAGACAUAAUAAUCUAUAUGGAGAGGUACCUAAAACACAAUGAGGUAUAGUAGCCCCUAUAUGCAGCUCUCUCCACCUGCACCCUGAGUGUGUGUGUGCGUGCGCGUGUGUGCGUGUAGGCGUGUUCGUUCCUCAUGUGUUAAUGUGUGUGACAGAGACAUCUGACAUAGUUUUAAUGUGAUUCACGCAACAGAUUUUUUUUUUUUAUCCUUAUCCACAAAUAAGAACAACGUUUUUUUGGAGACUUGAAACUAAAAACAUCCCCCAAAAAAAGACCGUCAAACUAUAUGUGUGUGGCUCAGAAGAGAGACUUUGAUUGAAGCUUGGGAGACAAAACCAGCCUUUUUCUCACGUCAAGGUUCUGACCACAGACACACACGUGGAAGUGCAAUAUUUCUCAGUAAAGAAGUUGAUUU